AUGAGGUGUUCCCGAACCGCCGAGCCAGCAGCGACAAAAAAAACCCACGACCACGAACUGCCAGAACUUCCCCCGAUCCCCGCCGACGGCCGCACCCACCUCUUCCCACCAGCCUCCGCCAGCGCCGGCGACGCGACCGCCGCCCACCCGCAGUAUGUCGCACCGCCGCCACACCACCCCCGCCUCCAGCUCGGCGUAUUGCUGCUGGAGCUGGUGUCCAUGCAACAGCGUGCGUCAGGGACUCCUUCCUCGUUGACACAGACGGAGGAGCGCACAACCUUGGCGCUGCAGAGCAUUAUACGUUGUUGUAAAGUUGGCUCACUUAUAUUUGGAAUAAGGAAAAACGGCUGAAGGUCAAAA